AUGGGCCAUAUAAGGACGGUGGUAAUAUCUUCAUCAGCCGUGGCUAAACAAGUCCUUAAAAACCAAGAUUUGGCCUUCUCCAGCAGAACAAUCCCAGAUGCACUCCAUUCCCAUAAUCACUAUCAGUUCUCUGUCGUAUUUCUACCUGUUACUACUCGUUGGAGAUCCCUGCGGAAAAUCUUGAAUUCUAAUAUCUUCUCAGGCAACAGGCUUGAUGAAUAUCAGCAUCUUAGGUCCCAAAAGAUCCAGGAUUUUAUUGCUUAUUGCCGUCAGUGUAGCCAAACAGGGAAGGCAGUGAAUAUAGGCCAAGCUGCUUUUGAGACCUCUAUGAAUUUACUUUCGAGUGAUAUUUUUUCCAAGGAUGUAGUGGACCCUUAUGCAAAUUCAGGCAAAGAAUUUAAGGAUGCUAUGUGGAAAAUCAUGGAAGAAGCUGGUAAGCCCAAUUUGGCUGAUUAUUUCCCCGUGUUGAAAUGGAUUGAUCCUCAAGGGAUGAGGCGAUGCAUAGGAAAGCAUUUUGAGGGAUUGAUUGAUGAACUAUUAUAG